GCCGGACGCCGGGCCGGGGGGCGGGGGCAGCGCGGGUCUCGGCUUCUGGCACGUCGCUCAGCACAGAGGAGACAACCCGGAGGCGGCUGCAGGGGCGGGAGCCCAUCUGUGCUCGCCAGCCCCGAGCGAUUGCGGUUCCGGACCUGCCCCUCUCCACCCUCCUCCCCACCCAGGCCCGUCCUCUCGCCUUUCUGACUCCUUUCUCCCGCCGUACUGGACGGCCCGGGUCGUAUUUCCGGGCUCCGGGGCUUUGGCAGCGGGCAGGGCCGGGGGGGAGGAGGGCAGCGGAGCAGGUGGCUGCUGCUGGGGGCGGGGGCCGCGGGGCCGCAUCUCCCGUCGCCUUUGUGGCGCGCGCGGGGCCGGCCGCCUCGGGGGACCUUCGCGGCGGGACUUGGCGCCGGGCGCUGCGGUUACGCGCGGGGCCGGGGGUGGGGGCUCCCGGGCGGCGGCGGCGGUCGAGAAGCGGGCGGCGAGGGGGCAGCUCGGACCCUGGCCCAACAUGGCUGAAGUCAGCAUCGACCAGUCCAAGCUGCCGGGAGUCAAGGAAGUAUGCCGAGAUUUUGCUGUCCUGGAGGACCACACCCUGGCCCACAGCCUGCAGGAACAAGAGAUUGAGCAUCACUUGGCAUCAAACAUUCAGCGGAGCCGUUUGGUCCAGCAUGAUCUCCAGGUGGCAAAGCAACUCCAAGAGGAAGAUCUGAAAGCUCAAGCUCAGCUCCAGAAGCGCUACAAGGACCUUGAGCAGCAAGACUGUGAAAUUGCUCAGGAAAUCCAGGAGAAGCUGACCAUUGAGGCAGAGAGACGGCGCAUUCAGGAGAAGAAAGAUGAGGACAUAGCUCGACUUUUGCAAGAAAAAGAGUUACAAGAAGAGAAAAGGCGAAAGAAACACUUUCCAGAGUCCUCUGGAGGCAGUGCUUAUGGAGAUAGUUACUAUUAUGAAGAUGGAGACCAGCCUAGGUCAAGGAGGGCAAGGGAAUUGGGGUCUGCAUCCCCAGAGUCUUAUAAAUUCCAGAGUGAUCAGAAGAUUGUGAAGCAGAGGAAAGAGAAGUUACAGCAUCCACUGGAGAAGUUGGAAGAACUGGAAGAUCGCUGUUCUUCAGAAGAACCUCUCUUGUCCUCUGGUGGGGACAGCACGAGGGACUACUCUCAGAUUAACAGUGAGCUGCACUCAAGAAAACAGCCUAGUCAAGAGAGGCCCCGGAGACCUCCACUGCCCAAGAUCAGUGGUGAGGUGUUUCUGAGUACUGGAUUGGAUGAUUGGGAGGCUAAUAGUAGCCACAGAACUCGGAAUAGGGGAAAACAUUCUAGACACCAAGAACAACUUUCACCCAAGUCCUCACAGAAAAUUGGGCUUCACUACAAAGAAACUGAAUAUAGGAGGAGCCAUGGGCAAGGUGAGCACAAAGAAAGGAAACACAGGCCCAGGACUCCUCCCUUCUCAGAGACUGAGAAGUGGCUCCAACAGCGUGACACAGGAAUGAAACCAAGAGGAAUGAAAGAAGCUGUCUCUACUCCAUCAAGAGUGAGCCACAGGGACCAAGAGUGGUAUGAUGCUGAAAUUGCCAGAAAACUGCAAGAAGAAGAAAUUUUGGCUACUCAGGUGGACUUGAGAGCAGCUCAAGUAGCCCAGGAUGAGGAAAUUGCUAGACUUCUAAUGGCUGAAGAAAAGAAAGCUUAUAAAAAAGCCAAGGACCGGGAAAAAUCAUCUUCAGAUAAAAGAAAGCAUGACCCUGAUUGGAAGCCAAAAACAAGUAAAUCAACACACUCAAAGUCUAAAGAGAGUGAUGAACCUCAGCGUUCUAAAAAUGACAGGCCAACACGGCCACCACCACCUACCAUGACAGAUGCUGAGGAUUUGGAUUUCACUCACUUUACAAACCAGCAUAAUUCCACACGUCAUUUGCCAAAAUCAGAGUCCUCUCAUAAAGGUUUCCAUUAUAAGCAGUAAAAAUCUAGACAUCUUCCUUGAAAAUGGACUCACUGUAACAAAUAUUACUGGAUACAGAGUGCAUUCCACCUUAAUUUUUGUUUACUCUUAAGUUGGUACUCCAGAGAUUUAUCUUCAGUUGUUUUUCUGACCAUAAACAAUUUAAAUUCACUUAAAAUGUUUUGGUUAUUCCUGGUCACUUGGGCAGUAUAAGAAAAUGUAUUUUCUGAAUAUUGGCCACCUCUGUUUCAUAUGCUUGCUGGGACACAGUAUUUUUUUUUGUGUGUGUAAUUUUUAUUUAUAAAAAGGAAACACUGACAAAACCAUAGGAUAAGAGAGUACAGCUUGACACAGUUCCCACCACAAGAACUCUGUAUCCCAUCACCUCCCCUGAUACCUUUUCUAUUCUUUAACCCUCUGGGAGUAUGGACCCAGGGUCAUUAUGGGAUGCAGAAGGUGGAAGGUCUGGCUUCUGUAAUUGCUUCUCCUCUGAACAUGGGAGAACACAGUAUUUUUUUUUUAUUUUUUAUUGACAAAAAGGAAACAUUGACAAAACCAUAGGAUAAGAGGGGUAUACAACUCCACACAGUUCCCACCACCAGAUCUCCAUAUCCCAUCCCCUCCCCUGAUAGCUUUCUUACUCGUUAACCCUCUGGGAGUAUGGACCCAGGGUCAUUAUGGGGUGAAGAAUGUGGAAGGUCUGGCUUCUGUAAGUGCUUCUCCGCUGAACAUGGGCACACAGUAUUUUUUUUUUUUUUAAUUUUUUAUUUAUAAAAAGGAAACACUGAUAAAACUAUAGGAUAAGAGGGUUACAACUCCACACAAUUCCCACCACUAGAACUCCGUAUCCCAUCCCCUCCCUUGAUAGCUUUCCUAUUCUUUAACCCUCUGGGAGUAUGGACCUGAGGCCAUUGUGGGAUGGAGAAGGUGCAAGGUCUGGCUUCCAUAGUUGCUUUCCCGCUGAACAUGGGCCAAUGCCCAUGUUGAUCCAUACUCCCAGCCUGUCUGUCUCUUUCCCUAGGGCACACAGUAUUUUAAGAGCUUUGUCAUAAGGCAUUUUCAUGAAGUGUGAGAUAUUGGUAGGUAGGGACUGGACUUUAAUUAGUAAUUUAAAAUACUUGAGAUAAUCAUUAGUAUUUAGAUAUAAUACAGAACCAAAAGGAUAUAUAAGAAAAAACUUAUUUAUACACUAGUAUAGGCUCUAGUGAUCUAUUGAAAGCAUCUUUUUUUAUUCAUCAGGAAAAGAAAAGACAAUUACAAACAUAAUGUAUUAAAAAAUAAACAGCAUACCUAGAACAGAGAAAAGGAGAUUUUGGACUACAUGCAUUGUAGAGCAUUAUAAAAGCUCUUCUGAGAAAAUUGCCUGAGAUGUUAUCUAAUCCUCUCUGCUACUGCUUCUUCAUCAGCAAGGGUUUGUGAAACUUUCAGGUAGCAUACCAUUUAUUAGUAUUAAAGAAAUUUAAUCUUUAUACAGUUUUAUCUCAGGUCUGUGUAAAGUCAAUUGAAAGUAAAAACAACUAUGUAUCACUUCUCGUCUUAUUGAACUAAUGGAAAUGGUGCUGGGAGAUGUUUAUAUAAGCAGUGAUGCCACUGGUCUCUUGUAGAUUGAUCCUUCUGUCUUGCUUACAGCCUCAGUAUUUCUUGGCAUCACCCUCUCAGUAAAUAACCAGAAUAACUUGAAGUUAAAGUUCAUUAAGUAGUUGUUUAUCCAAGGAUGAAUUGGCUCUACAAAAGAGUUAAUGAUCCAUUGCAUUAACUCGUUUGUCCGGAUCCUUUAAACCCCUCUUAAGGAGAUCUGUAGAGUUUCCAUUAGCUUCUAACCUCAUAGACAUACCCCCUCCCCACUAAUUAGGUAACAUAAGUAGCAAUCAAGAUAUAUAUAUAUCACUUCAGCUUGACUUGCUACUACUUAACUAAUUGUAUGAAUAUAUUUUUGGCAUUUUAGAAUAAUUUUUGCUUAAGGAAUAACAUGUACAUGACACAGAGACAGGUGUUAGUGCAUGUUUAUCCCACUAGGAACUAUGUAUUGUUUGCCUUAUCUUCCAAGAUAGUCUUUAAAGGUGGCAGUGUUCAAGAAAUGUUGUAUUGGAGUAGACUCAGGUCUAUGAUUUCAAGAAAGAGAUUUAUUUUUUUUUUUUAAUUUUAGGAACAUGAAUUAAGUUUGGGGAUGUAGUCAUUACAGAGAAGUCAAGGAAAGGGAAAGUAAGAGAAUUUUCAGUGACUAUAAUGAAAUAAGUGAAAGGAAAAAAAUCUUCAUUAAAUAAGCACUGACAAAGUGGAGUCCAGGCCUGAUGUCAGAUUCCAGAGAGUGGCUUCAAUAUCCAGAGCUUAAGUCUUUGUUGACUACUUAAAUAAUAUAUUUUCUUUCUGCCCUGUGAUUUUUCUUCAUGAUUUAAAUUUUUUUAUGGUAGCUUUAUAGGGGGGCAAAAAAAAAAAAAAACAACCACCACAUAAUGUAUUUUUAUUUGAUAACCAGGCAAAUGCACAGCAACAUUUGCCGUAUUUUUUUAUUUUAUAAAUGUUUAUUUUUCUAUCUCCUACAAUGGUUAGUUUUACUUUGACAGUUCUUCACAUUUCUUGUCUUUCAUGUAUAUCACUCAAUCAUAUUUAUUAUUAUAAAGUAUCAGGCUACUUAGUAUUCUACCAGGAUGCUAGCAUUUCAGCUGUCUUAGUGUGACUAAAGGUGGUAUUUCCUUUGUGGCACCCAGUUCAAUAUCUGUAUUAAAAAUGUGUUGAUUAGGAUUUGGAAAUUAUUUUGUUUUAUUGUUUUGUAAUGCGAAUACUUUUUAAAAGAGGAAUAUUAGUAAUUCUUUUCUGUGAAUAAGGAGAUAAAACGAAGUUCAUCCAGUUAAGUCUUCUUAGUCUUCUUCAGAUAGUGUAAUAAUUGUAUUUCAGAAUAUAGAAGCAGCUAACAAUUGUUUAUUAAUGGACUGCCAAACAUUUUUCACUGUGCUCUUUACUUUUCACUUUUCCUAUUUUUAUAUAAAUGUGAAAGAAUUUAUUUUGUCCAUGUUCAUACUGCUGAGACACAUGCCAUUUAAUUUCUAGGUGCACAAUGUACUAUGCUUUAAUGCUGUGAUGUAAACUCACUCUUCUGGCCUUGGCAAAAAUCUCUGUUUCUAUACCUCUAUUCUGUUGAGGUAAGGCUCUGUUAGCCACAGUAUUGCUGAAUGAGCACAAUAUGUUAUGGAGCCUUAUGUCAUAAGGCUACUUGACUGUGUACCCUCCCCCCACCCUAACUUUUAUUAAGACAUUGCCUAGAAGCAAGGGUAGAGAAGGAUCAGGUGAAAUAUUCUGAGUUGAAAAAUGUUGGACUCUAGUGUUAAACCAGUAUUAAACAUAAUUACUUUAUUGGGAGGCUGGGCAAUUGUUAUACAUACUUCAAAAAUUGAGAUUUUUAGAAAGUGGACUUAACAUACCAUUGAUUUACUAUUCUGAAGUGACUGCAACAAUCAGCAACAAACUAAUAAACUGCAAAAAAAAAAAAAAAAGUGUUCUAGUCACAAAACAUCUGAAUUAAGGUAGAUAGGUAGGUAGGUAGGUAGGUAGGUAGAUGGAUGGAUAUUCCCAGAAGGAAAACCUUUCUGAAUGUCACUGGAUAGUUGGAGCUAAGUCAAUAUAUUUUAAACAAACUUUGACUUUAAACCUUCUGUUUCACUGCACUCACUCUAGAAAAUUAGGAACCUGACCCAUUUUUGCUUUUCUUCUGUACUAUUUAUUGUCUUCACUGAACUGACUAAUGAAUAAAUUCAUUGCUGAUUUUGUCCAAACUUUCCCCCUGAAGUCAGGAGUUUCUGGUAUAAAAAAAAUUAACUUUGAAUAGAUAAUUGUGUUUCUUUAAUAUUCCCUUAACUUUAUCUCAUGUCAAAUGGUUUGAAACACUUUCUACAGUAGUGCAUUUGUCUUAUUUUAGGACUGAUUUUUGAGAAGUAUUGCUCUUGCAUAAAGGUUACUUAAAAAACAUUCCAAGAUGAUUCAUUCAUUCAUUCAGUCGUUAUUUUCUUGAAAGGUAACUGUGAUGACCAGCUAUAAGCAGUUUCAGUCUAAUAAAAUAGAGAUGAUUAACCCUUAUGUAAUUCACUUUCUGAAGUACUUGAGGACAGAAUAGUUUUAACUCAAGGUUCUUUCUACUUUUGAGAAAUCAGUAUUAUCAAUACUGAGUAAUGAAAGGGAAUUUGUUAUGUGUCAUGUGACACCAUCCUUUAAAACAAUUACAAAGCAGAUUUUUAAAGUACUUGAUUCAUUACUUACUGUUGAUAAUCAAGUAACUAUAUAUAACGGAUUUUUUUUCUUCUCACAUUUGUGGUCCCUGAAGUUAUAAAAUCAUAGCGGCAUAUUUUAAUGUUACUGGGGUCACAUUUUUCUUCUCAGCCCUUAGUAGAUAAUAUUGACACACAGGAACAAAUUGGGAAUUGUCUUGAUAAUACUGCAUGAGCACAGUGCCAUCCAUAGUCUUGGUAGUAGUCUCUUUACUCUCUGAUAAUAAGAGUUUAAGCUGCUGUUAAUCCACUUAACUAUGUUUUUUUUUAAAUUCUGAGCUCUAAAUCUAGAAACAAGAAGAAGUGGGUUAGAGAGAAAAAUCUCACUUCUGCAUUCACUUUCUGAUGAGACCUGCUCUUUAUACCAGCAGCAUCUGUAAGGAGUAGUAUUGCCUUAAAUGAGUUGGAUUCCAACCAAGGUCAACAUACUGUAUAUUCUAAAUGUGAAUGACUGUCAACUCUCAAUUGAUUUAAAAAAAGAAAAACUACUGGUGGACCCCAGACAGUCAUGAGGUGCUUUAGACCUCUCUUGCUGAAAUGUGGUUGACCCAUAUACACUGGUACACAUUUCAUUGUAAUUUCCCUUCUUAAUCUGAGAAUGAGUGGUGGCAUGACCAAAAAGGCUAGAAGGAGAGCGUAAAUUUUGUUCAGAUUAUUCAUAUGGUAACUUACUGAAUAUUUGAGAGCUGACUGUUUGCCCUUUUCUGUUGUAACUAUGUAGAAGAUAUUCCCAAAUGUUUUAUGAUACAGUAAAGUCAUUCACUGUUCUAUGAAAAAAAAAAAAACACAAAUAUGUUGGUAUAAUCAAAUUCAUGACAUACACACAAACACACACAAGACCAAUGGAAAUAGAGGCAUUGACUUGAAAUGAGAGCUAUAUUGAUGUAGAGAAUGUUUCUAUUUUAGUACUUUUAAGAGAAAGAUAACUAGAUUUUUUUUUUUUUUUGAUAGAGAAGAGGCUGGUGUUCUUUAAGGUCAUAUUGAAUGCUACAAACUUAACAUAAUCAUCUUAGUAAUCAUGUUGAUUUGUGGAGAUACCUGGUCCUAAAAACCAUUUUCUUUCCCUUAUAUAUUUGUUAGCACUGACUACAAACAUGUCUGUCCCUAGUGGAUUAAAUAUGUUUUGUGUAUUCUUAGUAAACUAGAAAAUGUUCUAUUCUGUAGUAACUUCAUAACAUAAGGAGCCAGCACUGUGCUGGUUUCAGCAUUUCAGACAGGAAUAGAAUUAAUUGUCUUAGUACCCCGUUAUUCAUUGCUGAGGUUCCUGUGUAAAGACGAGAAGUAUAGUAAGACAUGGUAAGUGACAUUUCCAUUACUAAAGAGCAUGGAUUAAAAGAAAAAAAAUGAUUUUGUUGUUGUUGCACUGAAUUUCAGACUGUAAUUGUUAAAAGUUUCUCACUGUUCAAUUUAGUUAGAAGGCUUCUGAAGGCUUCAGAUUUUUAAAUUUUGAAUUAAAUUAUCCUCUGAAAUUCCCAUAGGCUAUAGCUUCAGCUGUUGCUAUAAACUGGAAACCAAAUGCCCUCUCUGAGAAAUAGCUGUAUUUUUCACCUGUCUCUUAAAGGCAACUCAGUAUUUAGUUCAUGAAGUAUUGUAAAUAAUGAGGUAUACUGGAAGAUAGCAUAUAAAAUGUUGUUUCAAAAAUGAGAACUCUUUAGAAUGAGGUUUCUCUUAAGAAUUCCUCCCAGCAAAAUAAUAUAUUUUGAAAAGGUGCUGAAUUAUAAAGUACAAGAGUUUGCUCCCUAUAAAUCAAGUUGCUCAGGAAAUUUGAGGUGGGCCAAGUGCUCUCUGGAGAGUGAUAUUACAUAGUGCCCUGGCAGUUUCAGAUUCUUCUGGUAAGAACGCUUUGCCAUUUGGAAUGUAGAUAUGUUUAAGAAACAAGUGAAAUGUUAUCCCAAGUGCUCAUCAAUUUGUAUAAGCCAAACUCCAGAGGGGAAGGCAGCUUUGAAAUAACUACUUCAAGAAACUGUAAAAGACCCUAAUGGAAUACAGUUGCCUUUCGAAGACAGAACACAGAGGCCACCUCAGACCACAUGCCUAUCUAGAGAUUAAGUGAAACUGUGAGGGACACUUUGUAGAUGCCUUAAAGGUGACAUGUUGGAUACUGGUGGGUAUAUAUACACCCAUCUGGAUUAGGCUGAUGGAAAUAGUCUAUUUUCAGUUCACCUUCAUACAGCACAGUUUGUUCCUUCUUAUGACCUCAUUGUGGGAAAUGGGAAACAUGGUGCUGGGAACUUUCUUCUGUUUUGGGAGGUGAGGUGGCAGUACCCUUAGGCACUUUCCAGUGCUCAAGCCACCCUUAAAUGCCAAUUACACAUCUACAUUAAUUCAUCUAUGCAAGCUUGUGUUUUGUGGUUUCUUUAUAUAUUCUGUCCCAUUUGAUUCCUUAAAGAGCAUUUAACAUUUAUAUUAUGAAUAAUUUUUAAGCCAAAGUAUUGUUUAAGUCUGUGUGCUGUUUUUUUUUUUUUGUUUGUUUGUUUGUUUUUCUGGAUGGUUUGAGGCAAACAUCAGUUCUGUCCUUCUCAAUAAAGUCAUCCAUUUGUCAAGUGA